UCACAACAACUCGCGGACUUGUGCCACCGUCGAGCUUGCGUGUGCCGCCCUCUUGUGGUCCUGUUGGGUAGCGGUGGCGUGCGCACAUCGGACGAGCCUGUGGCAAGUGCCUCCGCGGAUUGUAGUGAGGAAAGGAGAAGCCCAGCAAGCGUAUGCGGUUACACCUUGUACACAGAUGGCCGCGUGACUCGUAUCUUGUCUAUUAGGUACACAAAUGAACGUCUGAAGGUAUAUGCACGUAUAGGUAGGUGUACAUGAAUAUCUCGCCACAACGAAGGCUGACGGGAAAAUAUGUAAUCAAACCAACGAAAGGCAAGCAUCUUUAUGGCAGCACGUAGACAUACCGCCUGCUCCCGUAUAGACUGAGACUCGACGACUCGAGUGUGGAUUUUCAAGUUUGGAUUUACCAACAGGCAGCACCAAGGGGAAGCUACAAUUUUUAAAAGGAUAUAAUUUGAAAACGUGUCGUAUCUUGCCUAUUUUGAGGGAAUAUUGUUUUUAAACAAUUAAUGCAAUGAAGUGUAAUUUAAAGGUCGCUUGAGCAACGUUUGAAAUAUUUUGGUUAGCUAUAGAGCUACAUGACAGGAAUAUACAUUAUAGGGCUUUAGCUAGCUUGCUAGCUGUCUGGUACCAGCUUGCCUAUAAUACAUCCGAACGGACGUCAACGAGAUGAUACAUUUAGAAUUUACCUGAGGAGAUUCACCUUUUACACUUUGAAGGAGGGAUUUAUCCAGAAAAGGAGGGAAGGGACACUAACUUCCCUCUCUCCCAGAGACUUGAAAGACUUUCCUUGGCCUGUGUUUGUGUGUAUAUAGGUUGGCUGAGGUGAAGCUUUAUUGAGGUACCCUCAGAAAGUGCAGGGGAAAGGCUAUGUACUUUAGGAGAUGGAGAGAAGGAAAGUAAGGAUCGAAAGUUAGUGUUGGUCGGGUGGAGAAAAGAAGCACUGCUGCUUAUCCGUUACCUCUGUAAAGACUAAAGAAAGGAGAGAAGAGAUAAGGAGGGAGUCUACUCUAGUGGCAGGGCCCAGUCGCGUAGUCACCAGAAACGCUGGAAGAACAGCAGCCAGAGAACCUAGAAGGUGGGUAAGAAGAGGACCACAAACGAGAGGAGAGACGGGGACUGAAGGAGAACCAAAGGGUCGGAGGAGAGGACGGGGAGGAGGAGGCGGCGCAUCCCCAUGGCGACGGACCCUGGGGAACCCACAGGGACGGAGGACUCUUCGGAGAAACCUGUUGGCGCACGGGAGGAGGAGACUGACCAGGAGAGCAGCAGGAGGGAGAGGACGCAGAGCACCCCCUCAGACUUCCCCUCCUCCCAGACCCAGGAGAGGAGAACCGCAGAGGGAGGAGAGACAGGAGGCGGCGGUGGAAGGGGUGGAGGGCCCGGAGAGACCAGGGACAGUAAGGAAGUGGAGCCCCUGGCGGUUAGACCCAUGUCUCUCUCCACACCCUCGUCCCCGGCUGCGACUGCGGCGGCUUCAAGGUCAGGGGGUCACGGGCCGAGACUGAGGAGAGAGAAGCGUUUCUUCAGGAAGAGUGUGGAGAUAUGUGAGGAGGACGAUGUGGUAGCGGAUCCCCCAGUUGUCUCCCACUCCGCCCCCCACCUGGACUCAGUCAUCACCCUCGGUGGCGCCCAGGCCGCUACCGCCGCCUCUGCAGCCUUGGGACAUGACACGGCCGACCACGACCCAUCCAGCCUCAGCUCCACCCAGGACCCCGGGGCCAAGGACGCCCCCUCUUCCGCCCCACCCCAGACGGGGAAGGAGCGAGACCGGGAGCAGGAAGAGGAGGCAGAGAUGAAGGCCGUGGCCACCUCGCCGGGGGGGAGGUUUCUGAAGUUUGACAUUGAGCUGGGGAGGGGUGCCUUCAAGACCGUUUAUAAAGGCCUGGACACUGAGACCUGGGUGGAGGUGGCCUGGUGCGAACUACAGGACCGUAAGCUGACCAAGGCGGAGCAGCAGCGUUUUAAGGAGGAGGCAGAGAUGCUGAAGGGCCUCCAGCACCCUAACAUUGUCCGUUUCUAUGACUCCUGGGAGUCAGUGCUGCGAGGGAAGAAGUGCAUCGUCCUGGUCACCGAACUCAUGACCUCGGGAACCCUCAAAACGUACCUGAAGCGCUUCAAGGUGAUGAAGCCCAAGGUCCUGAGGAGCUGGUGUCGUCAGAUCCUGAAGGGCCUCCAGUUCCUCCACACUAGGACCCCUCCCAUCAUCCACAGGGACCUCAAGUGUGACAACAUCUUCAUCACCGGCCCUACCGGCUCCGUCAAGAUCGGAGACCUGGGAUUGGCCACUCUCAUGAGGACCUCCUUCGCCAAAAGUGUCAUAGGUACCCCUGAGUUCAUGGCUCCAGAGAUGUACGAGGAACAUUAUGAUGAGUCUGUUGACGUCUAUGCCUUUGGGAUGUGCAUGUUGGAGAUGGCCACCUCAGAAUACCCCUACUCAGAGUGCCAGAAUGCUGCACAGAUCUACCGCAAAGUCACCAGCGGUAUAAAACCAGCCAGCUUCGAUAAAGUCAACGACCCAGAGAUCAAAGAGAUCAUUGGGUGCUGCAUCCGCCAGGACAAGAGUCAGAGGCUGUCCAUCCGGGACCUGUUGACCCAUGCGUUCUUCGGGGAGGACACCGGGGUGCGUGUGGAGCUGGCGGAGGAAGACACAGGCUGUCAGGACUGCCUGGCCCUCAGGAUCUGGGUGGAGGAGCCAAAGAAGCUGAAGGGAAAACACAAAGACAAUGAGGCCAUCGAGUUCAGCUACGACCUGGAGAACGACAGCGCAGAGGAGGUGGCUUCGGAGAUGGUGAAGUCAGGCUUCUUCCACGAGAGCGACGCUAAGGUGGUGGGUAAAUCCAUCCGUGACCGCGUCACGCUCAUCAAGAAGUCCCGUGAGAGACGCCAGCAGCAGCUGCUCCGACAGCAGCAAGGCUUUGAUGAGAGACGGGACUCCACCCUCACCUCCUCCACCUGCUCUCACCUCUCCUCCCUGGGGCCUGGGGUGGCUGUGCUGACAGGGGGAGGUGGGGGAGGAGGAGGGCAGGGUGAGGUUGAGGAGCUUCCAGAGGUGGAUCAGCAUGUGAGGCAACAGCAGCAGAUCCACAGUGGGAAUGCUCUGAGCCUGCCCACAGGAGGUGAGAGCAUUGGCUCAGCCAGCUGUGAAUCCUAUGCCAGUGGCCAGAGCCAGGCAUACCCUCAGCAAGGGGAGUCAUACAUGCUCUCUCAACCCAGCCUCCCUGCUGCUGCCUCGGCAUUUUUGGCCCACCACGAAAUGCUCCCGAUUGGUCAGAGCGGAGGAGUUCCGAACGUGCCUACUGGUCAGAGUGGUGGGAUUCCCGCCAUGUGCAUUGGUCAAAGCAGUGGUGGGGCACCUGUUGGUCAGCAGACUUACGUUCAGCCUGUUGCUAUGGCAACGCAAGUCUCACCAGGUGUACCACAGCAGUAUUCUCAGUCAUACCAUUCAGAUGGAUCUCAGAUCGCACCAAUGGCCCCUUCCCAGUCCUGCGCACCCCCAGUUUCACCCCAAGCCCAGCUUAACAUUCUUCCAGCUCCUAUAUCAGUGGGAGACCCAACAGGACUAGUGGGAGUUGGUGACAUGGAGGCCAUGGUCCCUCUCCCACAACAGACCCAGGCCAAUGUCACUCCUAACAUCAUGCAGGCCUCUGACAUCCAGAUGACACCCCAGCCUUUAACCCAGCAAGCACAGCCUUUCAUGAUUACCCAACAGCAGACCAUUGUUCAACAACAGCAGAUACUGAUGGAGCCACAGCAGCAGCAAAUGGAGGCUCAACAAUCCACCCUGCUUCAGCAGCAACAACCACACCAACAACAACAGGCCAAUGUAAUUCCCCAGAAGGCGGUACUGAUACAGCAACAUAUAGAACAACAGCAGCAGACUAUAGCAAUCCAACAGCAGCAAACUACUGAGCUUCAGCAGCAAGUGUAUGUGCAGCAAGCUUUGGUUCAGCAGCAGCAGCAAAUGCAACAGCAUCCUCAGCAGCAGGCCUUACCAUCACAACAGCAAUCAAUGGACCAACAGCAGCAACAACAGCAACAGGCAUUGUCAUUACAGCAUGUGGAUCAAACCCAAGCCUAUGUGCAACCACUGCUAAACGACCUACAACAGCAGCAACAACUGCAACAGCAGCAAACAUUGUUGCUACACCAACAGCACCAGAUUGAACAUCAGCAACAACAACAAGCGAUGUUACUAGAACAACAACAGCAAGUGUACAUACAACAGCAGCUUGAGCAACAGCAGCAACAGGCGUUGCUACAAAAGCAACAACAGGCACGGCUACAACAGCACCAACUGGAGCAACAGCAAGCACUGUUACAACAGCAAAUAUUUGAGCAACAGCAGCAGCAAGCGAUGUUACAGCAGCAGCAACAAGAGCAGCAGCAAAAGCAAGCCUUAAAGCAACAGCAACAACAGGCGCAACUACAGCAACAACAGCUAGAGCAACAGCAAGCGCUGUUACAACAGCAGCAGUUUGAGCAACAGCAGCAGCAAGCGCUCCUACAGCAGCAACAACAACUGGAGGCUCACCAAGCGAGCCAGAUCCAACAACAACCGGAAAUGGAUCUACAACAGCAGCAACCACUGCAUCAACAACCGCAAGCUGUGCUGCAACAACCGACCCAACUACAACAACAGGUCGUCAGUCAUCCAAUCGACUCACAGCAAGCUGUGCUACAGCAACAGUUGGAACAACAGCAAGCCCUGCUACAACAGCAACAGCUUCAGCAGCAACAAGCAGUUUUGCAGCAGCAGCAAUUGGAGCAACAGCAACAACAGGCACAACUGCAACAGCAGCUGGAGCUACAACAGCAGCAAGCUUUGUUACAACAACAGAUCGAGCAACAACAGCAACAGCAGGCGUUGCUACAACAACAACAAACAGAGAGACUGCACCAACAGGCUUUGCUACAACAGCAGCAGCAACAGCAAGAGACUGGGCAAUCGCAGCAGCAAACCACCAAUAUUCAAUUUCAACAAAGCGAGAAACAAGAGACCACUUUGAUUCAGCAACAAUGUGAGCAGUUGCAAGCUUUGAUUCAACAGCAACAAAUUGAUGUGUGUUUGUUGCAGCAACAACAACAACAGCAAAACACUGCUAUGUUUCCACCUAGUCACACUAGCCUAACGCAGCAGCAAGUGACAGAACAACAGCAAGUAGCGCUGAUACAACAACAACAGCAGCAGCAGCAACAACAAGCUGUAUUACUGGAGCAACAACAACAAGCGUAUGUUGUCCAGCAACAACAGCAGGGCCAUCAGAGCUCUGUCGUUGAACCUCCUUCUCAGAUCCCCCUUGUUGCCCCAACCCUACCAGCAGCAGAGGUUAUACAGGCCAUGCAGGUCCAAGCUCAGAUGGCUGCCCAAGCCCAGGGUCAGGGAGCCAAACCUGUAGCCAUUCAGCCACAGAUUCCCAGCCAGGCUCCACUGGCUAUAGUGCAUGCCCAAGUCCUGGCCCAGAUUCAAGCUCAGAAUGAAGCUCACCCUCAGAGCCUGGGCCAUUUCCCAGUCCCAGUACUCCAGGCCCAGCCCCAGCCUCCACUCAAAGCCCAGCCCCAGAUGAUCGAGGUCCAGAUUCCACCUCACGUGGUGGCCCCGAUCCAGGCACCAAGUCCUCCGAUCCCUAUCCAGUCCCAGGCUCCUAUAGUACAGGCUAUCCAUCAGAUCCCAGCUCAAAUACAGGCCCAGGCUCCAGUGCAGUCACUCAUCCAGCAGACUCCCCAGCCUCUGCAUCCAACCCAAGCUUUGAAUCCGAUUCCAGCAGUUGUUGAGACUCAGAUGAUGCAGAGUCCAGCUCUGGUCCAACCCCAACCUCCAGUCUCAAUAACCGCCAUGCACAGCCAGAUCCAACCCCAGCACGAGUCUCCAGUGCAGCCCAGUGUUCAGCUCCCAGGUCUAGCGCAGCCUCAACACCGCCCCCAUGCUCCAGCUGUACUACUGGCACCCCAGUAUGUCACUGCACCUCAGCCCACCCAACAGCAAGCCAUACAGCCAGUCCUGCAACAACAACAUCAGGACAUCACACAACAAGUUACCCAGCAACACCAGCAGGUACUGUUGGAGCAACCGCAGUCCAUGGUGCAGUACCAGCAGAUGAUGCUGUCUCCUGGAUCUGUUGGUGUUGGAACUGUCAUGGAGGCCCCUGCCUCCACAGUCAUAGACCCUACCACCUUGGUCUCUGCUUCGCCUCAACACAUACAACAACAGACUGGGCAAGUGUAUAACCAAGGCCAGCAGGUACAGCUACAAAGACAGGUACAGCUACAGCCUGUCCCACAACCACAACAGCAGCAGCUGCAAGUAACAGGAAGCCCAGCUGUGGUGCAGCCGUUAAACCAACCCAUACCUCAGGCUCAGUCUAAAUCUAUGCUGCCUCAACCCAUUCCCAUGGAGCAAUACCAACAGCAACAGCUGGUGCAACAGGUUCCACAAGUCGUACAACAGACACUCCCACAGCAGCUUCAGUCUCAGACAACCCCAGCCCCAAUUCAACAGGCUCUGCAGUCUCAGCAUCAGCAGGUCUCAAAUCCCGACCCAUGUCAACUGGGUUAUCAGCUUCCUCAGAUCCCCCCACAUCUGUUGCCCCAGCAGCCUACUGUUAACCCAGCACAGACAGCAUUCCCCAGAAACGUGCCCCAGCUCGGGUCUCAGACUAGAGCCCUACCCUUGUACAGUCAGGUAGUAGCAGGAGCAGGAGGUCUGCCACCAUCUCCCCAGCACCAAGCUCAGCUGACACAGCCGCUACCCACGCAUACACACACCCAGAUGGCCAUGCAAGCUCAGGCACACACCCAGACACUGGCCCAAGCGCAGGCCCAUGCCCACACCCAGACCCAGCUCGCUGAGGCUGCAUUGGCGGACUCCACCACCGAGCAACAGCCCCCUCUGAAUCCUUCCCAGGCUACUUCCUUCCCUCUUCCACAGAUGCCCCCCAUCCCGGCUGUUGCCGCCACUGCCCAGCCCCUUGACUCUAACGCCCCCUCGCUGCUGCACCCCACCACAACCUCACUCCAAGACUGUGACCCUGCUCUGCUGGGCAUUGCUCAGGAGAGUCCAAACCAGUCUGGCACAGAGAGACACUCCUCUUCAGGUGCUGUUCCAGCCAAUGGGGAUGGGGAUCUACAGAUGUUGUUAGCCAAUGGAAAACUAGAGAGGGUGAAGUCUCAGAGGAGAUUGUCCUAUCGGGGGGCAGAAAAGGGAUCCCAUGCAUUUCAACUGAGUAUGAUCCAGGUGUCCGGCUCUGGUGACAACAUGGUGGAGUGUCAGCUGGAAACCCACAGCAACAAGAUGGUCACCUUUAAGUUCGACACAGAGGGAGACGCACCUGAAGACAUCGCAGAUUAUAUGGUGGAGGAGGAUUUUGUCCUUGAGUCAGAGAAAGAUACAUUUGUGGAAGAGCUGAGGUCCAUUGUCAAGAGAGCUCAGGAAAUUCUCCUCACACAUCAACAGACUGGAUCUAUGGAACAGCUGCAUGUGAGCACUCCAACAGGCACAGCAAUGGACUGGGCGCCUCAGUCGUCUCCGGUGGGCAGAUGGAGGUUCUUCAUCAACCAGACCAUCAGACACAGAGACUCCACGUCCAACCAGGGAGGAGCGUCCACCCCUCCACCUCUCUCGACCGGAGAGGUCAGGGUGCCCCAGUCUACAGACACUGACAGAGGUACACCUCUCUCUGGUCUUGUGUGCUCUGAUUGGUCAAUGUACUUUAGAGGGGGCGGAGGAUCCCAGAGAUCGGACUCCUCCUUCGCUGGAAUGGUCUCCUCUCCUCCUCCCCGCUCCACGUCCACCCUGUGUGUCCCUGCCACCGCCUCCUCCCCCCCUGCCUCCGCCUCCACCGUUUCUGCCCCUGCCUCCAUGUCUGCCCCCCCAGCCCCUGCUGCCCCCGCUCCUGACACGACGGCCUCUGCUGCCUCUGACAGUAGGGUUUCCGCCCUGACUUCUAGUGUCGCUAGUGCAGUUGUUGCCUCAGUCCCACACCCAGUCCCCGCUGCCUCGGCUAGGCUAGGCCUAGACCUGCAGGCUUCCAUUAACCAAGCUUCCAGUGCCACCACAGCAACAUCCUCCAUCCCAACCACCGCUGCCAACCUCCCAGUCACUUCCAUGGUAGCUGCUUCUGCCACCAUCGCGCCCACUACCACCCCCUCUCCAACUGAAGCUCUGACCUCCCCAGCUACGAGUAGGGGCUCUAUGGUGAGCCAGGGCCGAGGACCAAGCCUGGGUGAUGUAGUAAAGGUGGCCACCCUAGGACAGUGUGUGUCUGGAGGGGACCACUCAUCCACUGGCUCAAUCCACCCACCAGUGGCUGUGGCUGCAGCCGUGGCCUCUCCUCCUGUUAGCCGUGCCGGUCUGGAGCAGCAGCAACACACUCUGCCUCAGAUGCAGUGCACGGCAGCCCAGGUUCAGCCUCAGGUCCAGUUACAACAGCAACUCCAGACAGUGCAACAGGUACAGCAGCAGCAACCACUCCUAGAACAUCAACAACACCUGAAGACUGUGCAACUCCAACAGGUACAGAAACAACAGCAAGAGUACCAAGAGCAGAUACAACUGCAGCAGCAGAAGCAGCAACACGCGUUGCAACAAUCUAUUCAACAGUUGCAGAUGCUGCAACAACAUCAGCAGCAGUCUGAGGUACAUUUGCAUCCCCAGCUCAGUCACACAGAGCCGUUACAACAACAGUGUAUGUCCCUGCAAUCACAGACAGAGAUGUUGCCGCUGGCACUACAACUACAGACUCAGCAAAUGCCUGUCCAAAUGCAGAACACACAGUUACACAUGCAACAGCUACACCAGUUGCCACCACCACAGCAAAAACAACCAGUCAUUUCACAGCAACAGGCAGCGAUUGACUUGCAGCCACAGCAUCAGCAACAGUUAACUCUGCAACAAGCACUGCAUAUUCAGCAGCAACAGCAAAUGCUCCAACAGCAACAACAGCAGCAGCAGCAACAACAGCAGCAACAACAGCAGCUGUCAGUGAACCAACAGUAUGUCCAACAACAAUCAGUACAGCCACUAAACAUGGCGCUGGUACAACAGCAAGCUCAACAACUCCCUCUAGAACAGACACAACAACUAGUACAGCAACAGCAGCAACAACAAAAACAACAAGAGGUUAACCAUCAGCAGCAGCAGGUGCCCCAGCAGGCUCCUCCCCAGAAGCAGACGUCAUUACAACAGUCAGAGUGGAAGAGGUCUACAGAGGAGGACGGUGUGACAGAGGAUAUAGGCAGUCACUCUGCCCCUCUACAUCCCUCCUCAGACUUAUCUUUGCCCCUCAACAUUAACACAACCUCCGAUGCCCCCUUACCACCCCUCUCCCUCACCUUGACCCCAUCCCCAGUCCAACCAUCCUCUGUGGCCGAGUCGGACAGCGAGGGCCCUCCCAAAAUCGAGUUUGUAGACAACCGCAUUAAGACUCUGGAUGAAAAGCUGAGGAACUUGUUGUAUCAGGAGUAUAGUAGUGGGGCAGCUGUGACGGGGGGAGCUGCUGUGGCUUCUACCGCAGGUGCCACCGCAGUGUCAGCAGCCUCCACAUCGGCAGGAGGGGAUGAAUCCUCGGAGCCGCACUCGCUCCAACCCUCCUCCUUUCCUCCUCCCGUGUUGUCAUCCUCAGACACCUCUCCUCACUCUUCCUCCUCCACCACCUCCUCCACCACCUCCCGCUCCUCCUCCACCUCUCCUGACCUGGAAAGGGGGAGAGGAGUGGAGGAGGAGGCUCCACCAGCAAGCCCGGUGGAGCAGCAGCCUGGCCCGUCUCUUUCCUCCGCCUCCCUCGCUUCCUCCCUCCUUGCCUCUCCACACGGAGACUCGGCCGGGCCCCGCCUAUCCCUGGAGAACCCACUGUUUUUGCUGCCCCCCCUCACUCUGACACCAGUACCCCAGGAGAAGUCACUACGUGGCCCGCAAAUCUGCACCCCGUCCCCCUGGGCCCUGGAUCGCCGCCACAGCACAAUGCAGGAGGUGGAUAUUUUGGCCACUCUGUUUUUCUGUGUUUGUGGUGUCUGCGUCCACGUCUUAUCCCUGUGCUUGUCGGUAUACCCCUCUGUGUGUGCCUAUGUCUGUGUGUUUGUCUAUCUACCUUGUCCUCACAUCUGUAUCUAUACCCAUGUGUGUGUCUCUGUCUCCGUGUCUCUGUCCUCCUCUCUCUCCCCCUGUUGUUUUUCAUUCCCCCUCUUUUUACCAGACGGUCACUUUAGUGGCAGUCAGGCAGUCAGAGAGGAGAGAGAGGGGGCUUCCUCCAACCCUCCCCACUCACUCAAGGGACGAUUUCAGGUCACCCCAGUGCCCCAGCCCCCUGAGGCCUCUCCCCCCAAGGAGGCAGCCUGUGGUACGGGCAGCAGCCACAGGAAUGUGGGGCGCUUCUCUGUGACCCAGACGGAGAACCAGAAAGAGGAGAAAGAACUGACGGACAGCUCCCCUGUGUCUCCUGACCUGGAGAGAGAGAGGAGGAGGACCCGAGGGAAGGAGGGAGAGAGGGAGGAGGGGAAGAGGACUACAGCACUGAGCCACCCACCCCGAGGACAUGGUCACGGGCAUGGUCAUUCUCCCCUGGGCAGUAGUGAUGAUGAGGAGAGUGAGAUGGAGGAUGAAGACCUGAGGAAGGAGCUGCACACGCUGAGAGAGAAGCACAUCAAGGAGGUGGUGUCCCUCCACACUCAGCAGAACAGAGAGCUCCAGGAGCUGUACAGACAGCUGCGCUCCCUCAAAUACCACCAGCAGACCCUGCCCCGCACCCCACCCUUCCCCUCCGGGUCCCCAGCCCUCUCCCCCCGCAGGCACAGGCCAGCCAAAGCCAAGCUCCGACCCAGACCCCACUCACACAUGGACAACAAUGGACUCGCUGGUCACCCCGGUAUACAACAGUCCAGUAGUUUCUCAGGGGGAGAACAGAGAAAACUGCCGCCAUACUGCAACCCAGAACAAAUCACCCUACUGACUACCAAAAGAGACCACAGUCCUCCCUCCCAGGGUGCCAGAAAGAGCAUGUUCACAGAUGACUUGCACAGACUGGUGGAUGAUUGGACGAAGGAGACAGUGGGUCCCGCCGCCCCCAAGCCCUCGCUCAAUCAGAUCAAGCAGAUUCAGCAGGUGCAGGAGUUGGGAGGGUGGCCACGGGCCACAGAGGUGGCUCCUCCUGGUUGGUUCCCUGUGGCACCACUGAACCCCCAGGCCUCCCCAGCCCCCUCCAGCCUCACUGCUCCAGCCCCAGCUCAGUACACCACUGGGGGGGGCCAGUGGAGUGGGGUGGGGGGACCACCAGGACCACAACAACAACAAACACACAUGCCUCCAGUCCCUCAGCUGCAUCAAAGUUUACACCUCCAGCAAGCCCAGCCUACUCACCCAUUACAGAUACAACCCCUAAUCCAGACUCAACUACUGUCUCAGUCCCUGUCUCCCGUAGAGCCACAGACAGGGCAACAACAGAUACCCCAGCAGCCCCAUUUAGGUGUAGGAACCCCACCUCCGAAUCAGAAUAAACCUCUGUUGCCUUCCCAGGUGUCCCCAUCGUCUCAGCUGGCCCUAGCUCAGCCUGGGUGUCUGAUUCCUGGGUCUAGCAACAAUGCGGUAGUGGAGCCCAUAGACAUUGGUGCUGCUCCUGCUGCUCCUGCCCCCGGUGGCUCCGGGGGGACAUUGUGCUUCUGCUCCUCCUCCUGCUCCUCCUCCUGCUCUGCUGCUGCUCGACCAUCCAGUGCCAAACUUCACCCCACGCCCCCAACCUCCACUCUUCCUCUGGGACAGCAGUAAAAAGAAAAUGAGAGGGGGGAAGAGUGAGUUAGAUUAGGAUGGAACAAGGGAAGUAGAAAAAAAGAUGGAGAUGAUGGAUGUGUAAAAACCACGUGGAAAGUUUGAGAGUGUGUAUGUUAUGAGCGGUAACGUCUGACAAUGAGAAAAUGGACGCCAUUAUAUUUGUAAAGAUGAGAUGGGAAGUGAAUGUGAGAGAUGGUUGAGUCUAUGUAGACAGAAUAUGUACAGACAGAGGGCAAUAUGAAACUCUUGGGAGGGGGGGGUCAUGAUAUUGGUGUGUUUGAGAUGUACAAAAUUAGGUAAUGUGUGUGUGUUUGUGUUGCCAUUGAUUUCCUCAGUACAUAUUCCUUGUGUGUUUUGACACCAAGUAACAGUCAUGUUAUUUUUAAAAUCCAACUAAGUUUGACCCAGAACUCUUCCUCCCAAGCUGAGACAUGAAGGAACAGAAAACAUUGACAUAUUUUUGUUUUGUUUUUGUCAAUGCUUACUUAUAUCGAAAAGGACUAAGAAUUUUAAAAGUGCAAUUAGUAACUGUCAUCUAAAUUGUAUCAUCCUGUGAUGUUCUGAUUUGUCUGUGGUGGCGUUUAACCAAAUAAUUUUGUAGAAGCACGUUGACAACAACCAACCAAACAUUUACACGCAGUAACUGACAUAUUACAUGAGUAUAGCACAAAUGUUUCAACAGGCUACCAAUGAGAUAUAAAGCAGGUGCAACAACAGCAUGUUACAGUAACACCACAGAGCAUGGUAAUAGUGGUGCUACCUGGCUAUUAUCACUACCACAAUGCCACUAAGCACACUGUUGUACAGUCUAGUGCACGGGCAAGGCAUGUACUUCGUGGAUUAUAAUUUUUUACAUUGAUAAAUAAGUGUCAAUCAGUAGAUUAAAGAAGAUUUUAAAUGACAUGUUGAGUAACAUGAUUAAAUUGUGAUCAAUAUAUGAAUAUGUUCAGUGAGCUUUCAUUGAAUAAACACUCAUCAAAACACUAAGACUGCAUGACCUUACGGCUACAAUGUACCUUUACUUGCCUGCAAUCUGCUUGCACUUGUGCUUAUAUUUUUCACUUCUGCUGUUGUGCACAACAACAAACUCUGAGGUAAUUUAUUGAUCAGAAAUAAAUCUGUUUUAUUUGAGCUAGAAUCAAUUUGUUUUAGGGAAAUAUUGAAUUUACUCAAUACCAAUUGCUACACUGCAUAUCAAAGGUGUCAUACAAGGAAAACUGAUAAGAAAACAAACUGCCAAGUAAUUUUAUGGAAUGGGGAAACCAACUAUAUGGGCUGUCCUCAUAUUGCCUUUUAGAAUGAAUACUUUACUGUGUGUGUGUGACAGUUUUAUUUUGUGUGACAAAAGCUUUGUAAUAUUGCUGCACUGCAUCACAAAUCGAAUCCCCACUACUUCCAUAAAAGCAGACUAACAUUAGUUGUUACUGUACCAGAUUGUUUACCUAUAGAACCCAUCAUGUAUUGGUUCUGUCUCUCCUCAAGACGUCAAAGAAGUCAGUUAAGUGAGUGGUGCUCGGACCCAUAAAGUCCAUAGAUAUAGUACGUCCCAAAUGGCACCCUAAUCUUGUAAAGUAGGGUACCAUUUGGGACAUGACUUUACGGCUCCCGAGUGGCGCAUUUCUGUGCCACAGUCGACACUACAUACACCCUAGUUCGAAUCCAGGCUGUAUCACAACCGGCCGUGAUUGGGAGUCCCAUAAGGCGGCGCACAAUUGGCCCAGCGUGUCAUUGUAAAUAAGAAUUUGUUCUUAACUGACUUGCCUAGUUAAAUAAAGGUUUAAUUCAAAAAGUGUCAUUGAAAAAAAAUAGUUUGUUAGACAGCAUUGUAAGAGCCUUUUUCUGGAUUUAAGUAUUAGUGAACAUUUUUGUCCUUAACAAGUUGUUUUACGUGUGAAUUACUCUUUUGUAAAUUCGACUAGAAGGAUCUUUAACAGAUCUGCAUGCACACAGCAAAAGGUUUACUGACUUCCAUUUCUCAACUUACUCCAGUGAGUGACAGGGAUGCACAUGGACAAUGAGAUACAGUACAAUCAUCAUUGCAUUUAGCUAUACAUAUAAAUUUGACCAUUGAUAAAUACAUUUUCUGAAAGCUUACUUGGUACUAUAAGUUUUAUAGUUAAAUCAGUAUUUCUGUUUUUAUUUAAAUGUAUAAUGAUAGAGAGUUUUUCCCACAGCAAAGAGGAGAUGGUAGAGCAUAUGUGAAAAAGACUGCUUCAUAGUGAGCUGAAAACUCACUAAAACUAAUGAAAGUGGAAGGAGGAAAAACAAAACAUUCAUUUUGGGGAGCUAAAACAGUUGGUGCUUAUAGUUGUUCACAAACUUAACACUUUACCAAUUGCAUAUGAAUAUAUAGUUUAACAUAAUGGUUUUCAGUAUUUAUGUUUUAUUUUUAUGAGACAACCCACAUUUUCACAGUAAAAUAGUUUAAUAUUAUUAGUGGAGAGGAGGAAGUUACUGUGCUGUCAAGUCAAUACUAACAUGUUGACUAUAUGUCACAGCUUUGAUGAUAUUCAUGAAAAGGAAAUGUGGAACUCGCCCUGAUGUGUUACCAAAAUGUAAUCUAAAGGAAAAAAAUAUUAUUUUUGUAUUUUGAAAUGGGGUUGUACAAAAUGUAAAAUCGUGUUCUUCUGAUCAGUAUUUUAAAAUAUGAGGUUAUCUGACACUAGAAAACAUUGCUUCUCAUCUCUGUUGGAGUCCCCCCAGGAUAUAUUCUAUUCCUCUCAGACUUUGUGUUGAAACAGAGUAAUAGCUACAUCAUGUUUCAAUUGUGAGAGGUUUUGUCAGUAUGGUUCUAAUCAUAGAGAUAUACUGUAUCAACUUGUUUUUAUCUCUACGGAAACUUGAUUCACUGGACAAACAAUGAAACACCGUCAAGAGGUAGGCCUAGACUACCUUUAGGCCAUUGGACUCAUCUAACACACACUUCUCCUGAUAUUACACCUGACUGAGAACCAAUGAUUUAGAAGGACAUUUAAAUACAAAAACCUAUAAAUAAAACGUAUGUUUCUGGUGAUUUAACCUCUGUAAUAUUGUAACUAAUUAAAUUGUUGAUUUUAUUUAUGUUUUUGUAACUAAUCAAAAUAAAUGGUGUUAAACAUCAAACUGUUAA